AUGGGUGUCAUAAGGAAAAACGCAGCCUCCCGCGGUGGUGACGGUGGUACUAAAUAUCACUGCGACGUCUGCUCUAUCGAUAUCACUUCGACUGUCCGUAUAUCUUGCGCAAAUCCCGCAUGUCGCGAGUAUGAUCUCUGUGUCCCAUGUUUCGCUCGCGGAGAGCAUUCUAAAAACCAUGACCCACGCACGCAUGAAUACCAUGUUGUGGAACAGAACUCGAUCCCCAUCUACACGGAGGACUGGGGCGCGGAUGAGGAACUGCUCUUGCUCGAAGGCUCCGAGAGGUAUGGACUCGGUUCGUGGGCCGAUGUAGCGGAGCAUAUUGGAGGCUACCGGGAGAAGGAUGAAGUCCGCGACCACUACAUCAACACCUACAUCAAUAGCUCAUUGUUCCCACUCCCUGAAUUGGCCGACCCUGCAGACACGCGGCUAUUUGAGCGCAUACCCAAAGAUGAGUUUCAGGCUUGCAAAAAACGGCGUAUCGAGGAGCGCAAGGAGGCCGCCAAAUCAGCACCGCCUGCAACACCCAAGCAGAAGCCCACGGCUUCGGUACCGGCCUGUCACGAGGUGCAGGGAUUUAUGCCUGGCCGUCUGGAAUUUGAGACUGAGUUUGCCAAUGAUGCUGAGGAAGCCGUUCAGCACAUGUCCUUCGAGCCUGGUGAUGGUCUCGACCCCGUGACAGGCCAGAUGGAUGAAGAGACAACGUUAAAAAUGACAGUCUUCGACAUCUACAACUCCAGGCUAAAGGCGCGUACUGACCGGAAACGGAUCAUUUUUGAGCAUAACUUACUGGAAUACAAAAAGAACCAGCUUAUCGAUAAGAAGAGGACAAAAGAAGAGAAAGACUUGCUUCACAAAGCUAAGCCUUUUGCCCGGAUGAUGAAUCAUGAAGAUUUCGAGGCACUAAAUCGGGAUCUUCUUCUCGAGCACAAUCUGCGCAUUGCGAUAGCGCAGUUACAAGAAUGGAAGCAGAUGGGCAUUAGCGAUCUCAGAGGUGGCGAGAAAUAUGAAGCUGAUAAACAAGCGCGCGCUCUUCGCAAUCAACCCCAGGGACAGUUUGACAGGAUGCCUCAAAUACCUAAAAAGGGUAGCCAGAUUCAGCAACCUGACUUGCCCACCGAGGCAUCCAAGUUGACGACACCGGAAUUGCCCCUUCGUUUCCAGCGCAAGCAGAAAACGUUACCUCAGUUUACUGACAGUCAGCCGGCCGUGCAGAACGACUUUGACAAACUCUUUGCUGAGGCUAGCGGUCCGGAUAGCUCUGCGGGACCUAAGCCUAAAGUUCGCUACGUGGUGCAGCCGUUGAACGGGACGACCCCUUGGAAACUGGAGGAGGAUAAAGCCUAUGCCCCUGAUUUACAACUUCUGAGCGAGGAAGAAAUUCAAUUAUGCAAUACACUCCAUAUCCGACCGAAGCCUUACCUUGCCCUUAAAGAAGGCUUGCUGAAAGAAGCCAUGAAACAAGGUGGCCACAUGAAGAAAAAGGAGGCUCGAGGAGUCUGCCGGAUCGAUGUCAAUAAGGCUAACCGAAUAUUUGACUUUAUGAUACACUCCGGGUGGAUUGCAAAGGCGUGA